AAAUUGGAAAAAAAAAAAAAAAACUCCACCAUUUAUACUUUCCUCCUUUGCAUAUCACACCUCUGCCAUGAUAAUGCAUCCAUCCAGAGCACUAAAAACAAAUCCCAACAUCUGAAAGGGGUAGAGUAGGUAUUUCAAUCUAUUAUCCAUAUUGUGAUGAAGAAGGAACAAGAAGAGGGUCUCAAGAUUGAGGUUGCUACACUCACAGUUACAGUAGUUGUUGUGAUGCUGUCAUUGCUAUGCACAUGUGGGGCAAGCAACCUCGACCCUUUGAUUCUAAUACCAGGUAACGGAGGGAACCAACUAGAAGCAAGGUUGACCAAUCAGUACAAGCCCUCUACUUUCAUCUGCGAAUCAUGGUACCCUCUCAUCAAGAAAAAGAAUGGAUGGUUCAGACUUUGGUUUGAUUCCAGUGUCAUACUUGCUCCUUUCACUCAAUGCUUUGCCGAACGCAUGACCCUUCAUUACCACCAAGAACUCGAUGAUUACUUCAACACUCCUGGGGUUGAGACCCGGGUCCCUCACUUUGGUUCCACCAACUCUCUUCUCUAUCUCAAUCCUCGUCUCAAGCAUAUCACCGGAUACAUGGCACCCCUGGUAGAUUCAUUACAAAAGCUUGGCUACGCUGAUGGUGAGACUCUGUUUGGAGCCCCUUAUGACUUUAGAUAUGGUCUAGCUGCUGAAGGUCACCCUUCACAAGUGGGUUCCAAGUUCCUCAAAGAUCUAAAGAAUUUGAUAGAAGAAGCAAGCAAUUCCAAUAAUGGGAAGCCAGUGAUACUUCUCUCCCACAGUUUAGGAGGCCUAUUUGUCCUACAACUACUAAAUAGAAACCCCCCCUCUUGGCGCAAAAAAUUCAUCAAACACUUCAUUGCUCUUUCAGCUCCAUGGGGUGGUGCUAUAGACGAAAUGUACACCUUUGCAUCUGGCAACACUUUGGGAGUGCCCCUAGUGGACCCUUUAUUAGUGAGGGAUGAACAAAGAAGCUCCGAGAGUAACCUUUGGCUUUUGCCUAACCCAAAAAUUUUUGGUCCUCAAAAACCAAUAGUGAUAACUCCAAAUAAGACCUAUUCAGCUCAUGACAUGGUUGAUUUUCUAAAAGACAUUGGUUUUCCUGAAGGGGUUUAUCCUUAUGAAACACGAAUUCUACCCUUGAUAGGGAACAUAAAAGCACCACAAGUGCCUAUAACUUGUAUUAUGGGAACGGGAGUGGGAACCUUGGAAACAUUGUUUUAUGGGAAAGGUGAUUUUGAUGAACGGCCAGAAAUAUCAUAUGGGGAUGGUGAUGGAACGGUGAACUUGGUGAGCUUGUUGGCGCUUCAAUCACUAUGGAAAGAGGAGAAAAAUCAAUACCUUAAAGUGGUUAAGAUAGAUGGGGUGUCUCAUACUUCAAUACUUAAGGAUGAAGUUGCACUAAAUGAAAUAGUAGGUGAGAUUACUUCAAUUAAUUCUCAUGCUGAGCUCGGUUUAAGUAAUUUGUUUUCGGGGUAAAUGAUCAGGGUGUUUGAACGACAAUUAUAGAUCCGUUGUCUGCAAAUUAAAUUUUGUGUGGGGAUUUAUAUUGGCAUGUUUCUUGUUGAUACGAGAAUUAAAAUGUUAUGAUAGGGCUAAAGAUGAAAGUCGUACGUAGGACUUGCUUUAGUUUUAUAAAUUUAUUUAUUUAGUUUUUAAAAGUAAAAUAGUAAACGUGUUGGGAUAAUUAUUUUCUGUA